AUGCCAAAAUCAAAGAGUAAAUUGAACAAACCUGGUGAUGUGAAGAUGAAUGCCAUUUCAUCAUCUGGGGCAAAAAAUGCAACGAACGAAGCUACAUCACCUGUGAUCAGAGAAACCAGGGCUGAUAAUGCAAAAAGGAAAGCCAGGUUAACCGUGGUCAGUAAUGAAAUGUUAAAUUUGAACAGUAAUGUUGGGUCAAUUGUGACCGGUAAUGCUGAAAUUGAAGGCUCACAGCCAGAUCAUGUGAAGUAUCCAAGCGGAGGUUUUACUAAAGCAAGUUUUUUAAUGAAGCGGGCAAGUUCACUUGCAAGUGAUAUCAACAAUCUUGAAGUUUGUUCAACGUCCGAUUUUGACGAAGAAGAAGCUAUCGCUAAUGAACCAUCAGAAACAACCGUCGCCGAUGAACCACCAGGAAUAAUCAUCACGAUGAACCACCAGGAAUAA